CUGCCGGUGCCGCCGCUGCUGAAGACGAGCCUGAGGUUCUCGCCAUUGUCCAUUAUACCUUAUGGAAGGAGCUACUCCACUCACAUCUCAAUCGCCAGGCUCAGUUCAGGCCAGCUGGGUUGGAACUCCUGGUACUUAGAACUAAGCACUAACGGUUAACUCAGGGCCCAGUCAUUCCCGCUGAACAGAUCCUACUCAUGUAACUCCGCCCUUGAUGUUAGAUGGCUGAAUUCAUGCCUUUGGAAAUAUAUGUAUAUGUAUGUUGCAGUAACUUAUAUACAAAGAUUAGACGCUGAGUUGGCCAUCUUGAUAUAUCAUCCGACUUAUUCCCUGUGCGUUUUUCUCUACUUCAGUCGCCAGUACAUCAAAAGUCGGGUUGGUCAUGCCAUCUAUGUCUCGCAUAUUCGGCCAGGGCUUGGUCCCAAGUCUUGCUGCCAUCUCUGCGGUCUCAGCUACGGCUCUCAACUCGCGUCAAACAGAUGGUGUCGAUGUCACUUAUUAAGAGGUGAGCUUCAGACGGUCAAAAAUAAGCACGGUAUUCAACCUACACCGUACCCACAGCCCGGGAUCUGCGAGACAACCGCUGGAAUCAAGCCAUACAGCGGCUUCGUCACUCUGCCUUACACCAACCUCCAACCUUACUCGCAAGAAACCUUCUGGUUCUUCGAGUCACGCAACGCACCCGAGGAUGCGCCCCUCGCUAUCUGGCUACAGGGCGGCCCAGGAAACGCCUCCGCCAACCAAGCUCUAAGAGAAAACGGUCUCUGUCUGGUGCAGGCGGACUCGAACUCGACAGUUUGAACCCAUGGUCCUGGAAUAGCAACCUGAAUGUAUUGUAUAUCGAUCAGCCGGCGAGACAGGGUUCAGCUACGAUGAGGUCACGGAGGGGUUCAUGGAUAUGAUCUCGGCCGCUGUAUAUCCUGGCGAUACAUGGACGGGCCCCCUGAACUGGAUGGCUGCUGACGGGAAUUUCCCAAGUCAGAAUGAGACCAAGGUCACUCUACGACGGCGGCGGCGGCGGAGGCUAUUUGGGAGUUCUUGCAGGUUUGGAUGUUAAGAGUAUGUCACGGCGUAAGAAGUUCCCUUGGUACUAAAUCGAAUUCGAGGUUCAAGCAAUACUGUCGGGACAAAGUUAGCUUUGGGCCUCAAUCAUAGCGAGUAUUCACAGAAAACCCCAAUUUCAUAAUUAAGA